AUGACCGGUCCCCUUGUUAUCGCUGCAGAAACGCAACUCAAUGACAAGCUCAAAGUCGAUUUGUUGAACAACAGAAAAGUACAUGUAGCCGCCGAGCCCGUAAAGAAGCUCACAGCCACACAGAUCACGACACCAAAAAGCUCUCAUGUGUUCCCCAUUCACUUCCAGCCCGCCCGGGGCCACCAAGUUACGCCCAAUGAAUUCCACAACCUACAUCUCGUGUGGUAUCAGGGUUGCAUUUUUGUCAAGCCUAUCCCGCCAUACCUGUUCUCUGCCGCUUUUUGGGAGUGGAUCACCGAGGCAGACCCAGACAUCUUCAAGGCGGCAGCUGGAUUCAUGCGCAGCUAUACAUUUCUCAUCCGGUCGGAAACGGACUAUCGGCUGGCAAAUGAUGAGAAAGUGCCUCUCCUCCCUUUUGGCAUGGAGAAUACGACCGAUGGCUUUGAAAGGUUUUCAAGGUUUAUCAACCAAUUCUCCCAGCUCACCGACGACCAGGUUUCACCGCGAUACUCGUACGGCGAACUCAGGCUACGGCGUCUCAACUGGCUUAUCCGGAUUCUUGGCAUCAAAGUGACCUACUUUCACAUGCAUGGCGAGUGGGGAACCGUUUUCAUGGAUAUGCUUGCACCACUUGUGGCCAUCUUUGCCGUGUUAUCCAUCUUUUUAGCUGCUAUGCAGGUCGGCCUAGCUGCGGAUCCAUCCAUCUCUGAGGCCCCUGCUCGGACAUACGCCGUCGUUUGCUAUUGGUUUUCGGUUGUUGUGCUGUUGGCCACUGGGACAGCAAGUCUCGGGUUUCUAGGACUCAUGGUUGGGGUUUACAUCUACCAGCAGGUAUUCGCGUACAAGAUGUACAACCAAAGAUGUACAACCAAAGCUCCCUUGAAGCAAAGGCGAAGAUAA